UGGUCGGUUGAACACCAACUGACUACUCGCUUCUCUUCUCUGGGCGGUUCCAGUCUGAGCAGGGAAGGGGAGGGGGGAACGUUUAGGAAGAAAACUCCCAUCGUAGACACAAACAUGGCGCCUACCUCUGCCGACAACUUCAGAUGAGUGGCGGGGGAAGUGACCUGCGAAGUUUGUGCGGAGUCUUUCCCGGUCGCUCGCGCCUCUCCCCGCGCGGGGUUUAACCUGCGACGCACGAAUACGGAAUAUAUUGGGCGGCAAAUACGGCAAGUUGCUUACAUGUCAACGGCGCCUCUCUCCGCUGUGUAAACAGCUGGUUCCCCACCAGCCAUGAUUGAGGACAAGGGCCACCGUGUGACGGACUACUUUGUGGUGGCCGGUCUGACAGACAAGUCUACCCCUUUGGAACAGGACCUGUCAGAGGCCAAGUCAAGUGGGCCGAAAGCCCCGAUCACGGACUUGGCUGUCAUCAACAAGACAGCAGGGGAAACAGUCCCAGAGGGAUUCACUUGUAUUGAAACCACCUACACCGGCCAGCCAGCCAAUCUGAACCAUGGCAGCCUUAAGAGCCCUGAGCUCUUCCUGUGCUAUAAAAGAGGCAGGGGGAAGUCUCCACUCACUGAUAUUGGGGUGCUGUAUGAGGGGAAGGAGCGUCUGAUCCAGGGCUGUGAGGUCAUCCAGGCUACACCGUAUGGCCGCUGUGCCAACGUGAACAACAGCACCGCACAGCGCAUCUUCAUCACUUUGCGCAGAGCAUCCCCAGUCCAGCCUCAGAACUCCCUGGCAGUCACGGAUAUUUGCAUUAUUAUCUCUAACAAAGGCGAGACAGCACCACACACCUUCUGUAAAGUGGACAAGAACCUCAACUGCGGCAUGUGGGGCUCCAGUGUUUACCUGUGUUACAAGAAAUCGGUAUCUGCUUCAAAUUCGAUAAGUUAUAAAGCAGGUCUGAUUUUUCGCUACCCGGAAGAAGACUACGAAUCCUUUCCUCUGUCAGAGUCCGUUCCUCUCUUCUGCUUGCCCAUGGGAGCCAAGAUCGAGUGCUGGGCGCCCAAUACCAAAGACCCUCUGCCGAUCUUCUCCACGUUUGUCUUAACCAUCUCUUCUGGGGAAAAGAUUUAUGGAUCGGCUAUCCAGUUCUACGAGCCGUACCCAGUGGACCUUUUGAGUGAAAAGCAGAAGAUCCAGCUGGGCCUCCUCACUACAGUGGAGAAGAAGAUGAUCCCAAACCGUCCUGUAAAUACCAACAAAUGCAUCUGCCUGCUCUCCCACUGGCCUUUCUUUGAAUCCUUCCGCAAGUUCCUCUGGUUCAUCUACAAGCUUUCGGUCUCUGGCCCGCAUCCUCUGCCUAUUGAAAAGCACAUUUCACACUUUAUGCACAAUGUGUCUUUUCCUUCCCCUCAAAGACCCAGAAUUCUGGUCCAGCUCUCAGUACACGACACUUUGACUCUCUCGCAGCCUGUGUGCACACCCUUACCCCUCAGCGGGGCCGACCACAGCACGCUGCUGAUGAAUCUGGGGUCGGAGAACUGUGCCACGCUGCUGCACUUCGUGCUGCUGGAGAGCAAGAUCCUGCUGCACUCGCUGCGGCCCGCGGUGCUGACCGGAGUGGCAGAGGCUGUUGUGGCUAUGAUCUUCCCCUUCCAGUGGCAGUGUCCCUACAUCCCUCUGUGUCCGCUGUCUUUAGCAGGGGUCCUGAACGCCCCCUGUCCAUUUAUAGUGGGCGUGGAUUCCCGUUACUUCGACCUGUACGACCCCCCGCCGGAUGUCAUCUGUGUGGAUCUGGACACAAACACAAUCUACCUGUCUGAUGAGAAGAGACACGGCAACUGGAAAAACCUCCCAAAGAAGCCAUGCAAGUGUCUUAUCAACUCCCUGAGCAACUUGCACCACCAGCUACUCAAAGUUUCCAUGCGUGCCACACCCCAGGAAGACUCCACUUUGGACCUGCCCCCGAUCGAGGCAGACUUCACGUGGCACAAGAAGAAGAUGGCCUUGGAGAUGGAGAUCCAAGAGGCCUUCCUGCGUUUCAUGGCCUCCAUCCUGAAGGGCUACCGCUCCUACCUCAAACCCAUCACCCAGGCGCCCUCCAAAAAGGCCACGGCUGCAGAUUCCCUCUACGACCUGCAAGGGUUUCUCAAAAGCAGAGACCGUGCCCAUCAAAAGUUCUACUCCACGCUGACAAAGACUCAGAUCUUCAUCCGCUUCAUCGAGGAGUGCACCUUCGUCAGUGACAAAGACACGGGUCUGGCUUUUUUUGAUGACUGCGUGGAGAAGCUUUUUCCCUCAGAUAAAAUCACCGACAAGGGUACUAAGGCCGAAGGCGAGUCAUCUGAGGACACCAAACUGCUGGAGCUGGAUGAGUCUCAAAGGAGCGAGCACACCGUCUUCGUCAUGCCGCCUGAAGCCCCGCCUGACGACGGACCCGAACCGCCUCCCCGCUACAACUAUAAAAGUUUCCCCAACCUGCAGCUGAGUCUGUUUGACUGUCCCCGAGAGCCACGACCGUCUCCGAACAGCAGAACCACCAGGGCCACCCUGAGCAACAGCCCGGCGCUGCUGGCUAAAAGGACAAAGCAGGAGAUCAAGCUGGCGUUCAAGGUGGCGAAGCGUUAUUACUCCAACCCGACGCUGUGGGGCCGCUGUUUGUUCAGCCACUGUUACAGCCUGUGGUUCAUCUGCCUCCCAGCGGCCGUGCGGCUGGCCAAGUCCAAACCCCGCGCAAUGCAGCAGGCGUACAACGUGCUGCUGAAGAUGAGGUCCACUGAGGUGGAGGUGCUGGAUGAGGUGUGUUACAGGGUGGUGAUGCAGCUGUGUGGCGUGUGGGGACUUCCUGUUAUGGCCGUGCGAGUCCUAGUAGAGAUGAAGAAAGCUGGAGUCCACCCCAAUGCCAUUACUUAUGGAUACUACAACAAGGCCGUCUUGGAAAGCCCGUGGCCGAGCCGGAACCGCAGCGGCCUCUUCAUGUGGACGAAGGUGCGCAACGUGCUCCGAGGAGUGGUCCAGUUCAAGCACUCUCUGAACCGCACGCCUUCCAACAAAGAAUCCCCAGGAACACCAACAGCCGGAUCAGUAGGAGGGUCAGAGGUGACCGAUGUCGACAACUUGAGUCACGGGAGUGUUGACAGCUCCUGUGAGGUCAACGGCAAACAUAAUCUGUUCGCCCCCAGCCACAAAAAGGACGACACGGCAGAUGGCCACAGCAGUGCAGGAAGACAGUCAGAUCAAGGUUACGGCUCGAAGGACGAGUUGCACCAGGAGCCGGCAGAGUCUCAAACGUCUAUGAUUUCAGACAACCAGAGAAACGACGAUGAAGCAAAACAUAAAGAAGGCGACAUUGCCGGCUCGCUGGACAAAGCGGUAGCUGUUUCAGAGCCCCCCAGCCCCGUGGAUGUGUCCUCACAAGGCCCCAGCAUCGUAAAGCUGUCCACAGGAAGUUUGGAUGAGGGCCGGGAAGUGGGAAAGCUCUUCAGAAAACACAUUAAGAAGGACAGCGUGUCGCUGUCUGACGAGGAUUCCUCGCUGCCUGGAAAUGCGACCAACCAGCAGCAGCGGCAGAAGGCCUUCUCUGAGCGCAGCUGCAGCUUCAGCGCUGAAACGCGUGCCGGGAUGCUCCAGGAGAAGGGAGUGGACCACAUGGCCAGCCAGAUGGGCGCAGAUGCUCGAAUUCUGGCCGCAGCUUUUUCGGGAGCUCAAGCUCAGCCCUCAAAGAGUGUUUCCAAAGCUCUUUUUGAAGACCUGGAGGAAGAGCCCGAAGACGACAAAGCCAAGAAGCAGCCAGAAAAGGAGAACUCCAGAGGUCCAGGGGACGGUGAAGGCGGUGGGCAAUCUGGGGUCAAGAAGGAACAACGGCAGAGGAAGCACACAGAAACGCUGGAGGACGAGUCUGGAGCCAAAGGAGCCAUCUUGGAGAGGGAAGACGUACAGACGGGGGCAGAUCCUCUAUCCCUGUUGGUGUCGGAGAGCGAGGAAUCAGCUUCUGUUAGCAGUCAGGACCCCCCGCGCCCCGUUCCUGCUGUGGUAUCUCGUAAUCUAGCAGAGGAAAUCGAAAUGUACAUGAACCUGAGAAGCCCCAUGGGCCCGAAAUCCUCCAGCAUGGAGCUGCAGCCGCCGCAGCCGCCGCAGGCGAACUCCACCGAUGUCACCCAGCUCAACCAGUCUCUGGAAAGGAGGUCCAGCCUCCCCGCGCCCCCCAUCAAAACUCCAUCCAACUCACCAGGCGACACGCCCAAACGCUCCCCCAACACUCUAUCUCGCUCCAGGACCUUUGCAGUAAAGACGAAGGCGAGUGCUGCUGCAAGUCCAAGGUCAUCCUCGCUGACGGCUCUGGUCAAGUCCUCGCAGGGGGGGUCCCUGGGCUCCGUCUUUAACUCCUUUUCAGCCAUCAAAAUAGACUCUCUGCUGUCUGGACCGAAAAUUGACGUUCUUAAAUCUGGAAUGAAGCAGGCGGCAAAUGUGGCCAGCAAAGUGUUGGUGGCUGUCGCCACGGCCUAUUCUUACUCGGAUGACGAGGAAGAACCAGAUCAGAAAGGCGGAGGCUUCCCGGCUCACUUGGAUGAACACAUGCUGUCCACUCAUGACUUGAGUGAGAGUCCAGACAGAAAGUCCAUCCCAGGAUUGGUGGCUAACGGUCUCAACCGAAGCUCCACCAGCCUGGGAAGCAGCAGUGGCAGCAGCGACACAGGCAGAGGGACCCAGCAGACACGUAAGCACCCGAAUCUGACUCCAGGACGAGCAGGCAGAGGCCUCGACUCCGAGCAAAGCUCCUCACAUCACGCUUCCUCCUCCAGCAUCUACCAGAACUGUGCGCUGGAGGUAUUGAUGUCCAGCUGCUCUCAGUGCCGCUCCUGUGAAGCCCUCGUUUAUGAUGAGGAGAUCAUGGCGGGCUGGACAGCCGACGACUCCAACCUCAACACCAACUGCCCCUUCUGCCGCACAGCCUUCCUGCCCUUACUGAACGUUGAGUUUCACGACUUGCGCACAGUGCCCGGGUUCUACAUGAAUCAAAGUACUUCAGGAGACAGUCUCCACUCCACCCAUCCCACCCCCAGCAGCUCCUCUGACAUCAAGACACCGGACCUCAUCUCCUUCCCUGAGGAGGCGCCACCGGAGACUCCUGGCGGUCAUUCUGGAACUCAGAAGGGUUUGGUUCCAGAGCCUGUGCAGUCAGACCCUCUGGGUCUGCUGGAGCACCAGGCAGGGAAACUGCAGAGAAGCAGCGGGACCUCACUGACGCGCAGCAACAGUGUUGGAGGUCCGCUGCAGAGCCUCGACAACUCUCUGAGAACUGGGCAUGGCGUGUCCACCACCAGCCUGCCCUGCAGCCUCCAGGAGGCGUCGGAUGGCAUUGGAACAAAGCGACCAAACCCCAAACCUGUAUCUGUGCCGUACCUCAGUCCCUUGGUCCUCCGCAAGGAGCUGGAGACGCUUUUGGAAAACGAGGGCGACCAGGUGAUCUACACACACAAGUUCCUCAGCCAGCAUCCCAUUAUUUUCUGGAACCUGGUGUGGUAUUUCCGCCGCCUGGAGCUGCCCACUCACCUGCCCGGCCUCAUCCUGAACUCUGAACACUGCAACAACGGGGUGCAGCUGCCUCUGACCUCACUGUCUCAGGACAGUAAGCAGGUAUUCGUACAGCUUCUGUGGGACAACAUUAACCUGCAUCAGGAACCGGAAGACCCCCUCUACCUGCUCUGGAGGACCUUCUUGGAGAAAAAGGGGACUCUGGCUCCAACAGACCACCAGGAGAUCCGCACUCUUCUCAACACCAUUGUUCGCAACAUCCAGACCAACGAUGUCUACGGGCCAAUCAACCUGCUGAUCAGAGAGAAAAAGCGGCGUCCAGAUGUCAAACGGCAGAGGAGCAUCUACAGAGAAAUAAUGUUUCUUUCACUGGUGGCCUUGGGACGCGAGAACAUUGACAUAGAGGCGUUUGACCGGGAGUACCGGCAGGCCUAUGAGCAACUGAGCCCAGAGCAGCUCAAAUCUUUGAAGACCAUCGAUCAGCCGCCUAACCCCAGCGUCCAAUGGUGCCUCAAAUGUUUUGGCGCCCCCUUUAUCUGAACGCAGAGGUGAUAACCCACCAGUCAAGAGAAGAGAUUUGAAAAUAAAACGGUACUUGUGUCUUUGAAGUGACUUCUUUUCUACUCUGUUUCUCUAAUUGUUUUUCCUUUUUUUUUUUGGUUUUGAGGUGUUCAGGUAGCCGCCUUCAGCGGGGACUUGGUUAAUAUUAUCUGAUGAGUUGAGCUGCUUAUUUUGAAAAGUUUGUGUACAGAUAGAAUCCCAGAAGAGAAUGUAUGGACCUCCCUUGGUUUGUUUGUGUAUUUGAAUGUGCGUAGCCACUGGGUUAGCUUGUAGCUUUUGCUUUUGCUUCCUGUUUUGCAAACUGUUGAGAGCACAAACCCAGCUGUGGUUCCAGAGUCAAAUAAAAGUUUAAUUUAAUCGUCCCAACGAGAAAUGACCCAAUUUCAUGACAAUAGGAAAAAAAAAAUAACAAUAGACUAUACUAACCUUCAACAAGUAGGAAAUGUAAAACCCAGGGCUGACUUUUUUUUUUUUUUAAAGACAGAGUGAAUUAACUGUAUAGUAAAUUUUUGACCUAAUCAAAGUGUAAAUAUAGGUGGUCCUCUUGUGCGUUAUCAGUAAAACUGGACUCAAAACAUUCCAGAUUACCUAAGGUCGAAGCAGCUAAAGCUAAAAAGUCUGCAGCAAGAAGUAAAACCUUUAAAAGAAAUCAUUGUUAGUGCCACACUACUGAAAAUAUGUGUUUAAAAAAGAAACAAAACUGGGUGAAGGGCCUAAUAACUCGUGCAGUCAUCAGUCCACAGUGUGCAUUUUAAUAGUAAAAUACUAUAAGCUAACACGCCUUAUGGAUAAAACAUGUACUUGGGCUAUGCUUUCUCCUAGCAUUGGAAAUACCAUUGAGGUGUUUUAAAGUAGAACUACAACACGUAGACUUUUUUGAGGUUAACUGUGUGUCUUUGGAUGCUAAUGCUAGAAACUAGAGCUUUUCAGUGCUAAGGGCUUUGUUCAGUUCUACUGUGAAGAAAGCAUAACUCUUGACGUGACAUUCCACUGAAUGCUCGAGCGUUCAGACUCAGAAAAUGCUGUGGAGAACUUUUGGGACUUGGAUAGAAAUAGUUUUUGUAGAUUUGGGAAUGUGUCUUGUACAGAUGAGAUGAUGUAUAAAAUACCUUUUGCACUGCAUUGAUUUAAAAAAAAAAAAACUUCACAGAGAGGUGAGGAUGACACCACAUCUGAUCAUUAACAAACUUUUUUUUCUCCUCCAAAACAAAAAAAGAAUUACAAUUAUUUAUUUUUGUAUUAUUGAAUUUGGAUUGCAAAUGUUGUACUAACGUGGAAUUUUAAUGGCUAAUGUCCCAAUUUUCCCCUUUUAUUCUGUCUUAGGGGAUUCCAUCCUGUACUGACUUUGUAAAUUUGAUCUCAGUUGUACAGAAGACUUUUUUUUUUUUUAAAGAAUAGAUGAAAUAAUCUCUUGCCGUCCUGUGGAAAGGAAAUGAAUGUCAUUACUGAAGUGUUCUGCAAUAAAAGUUUGUAAACUGAUU